UUAAAUUUUUUCUCAGCUGCUCUCGCCUAUAGACUGUGUAAGCAAGCUUGAUAAUCGGAGGUAAUAAUAAUAAUCGGAAGUCUCAGGCAGCUCUCUUCCGUUGUCUGCCGGAGCGCGAUCGGUCUGUACUGCUAAAAUUAAACAAACCAACUAGACCCUUUAUCAACAAUUACUACCAACGCCAAUAGCUUAACUUCUUUCUCUGAGUCAUUUUGUCGAAGAUUUUGCACUCUCACCUAAUUCCACUACUUCCAUAGAAAAUUACUUUAAGUAAGCAAUGUUCCGAAGGUCAAUUUUGGAAUUUUCAUCUCGUCGAUCAAUUAGGAGGAUUCCGAGACGAGAUACAUCUCAGUCAAUACCGUCACUUCUUUCUUUGAGGAAGGAGUUUUCAACCUCACCUCAACAAAAUGCAUCCCCAAAAGCUGGGUCCGGCAGCAAACCACCCGAAUCAAGGAGUAAUUUACCUAAAGUUGCUGCAGGAAGUGCUAUUGUUGGUGGAGCUGGUCUAUUAGCAUACCAGUCUGGUUAUUUAGACCAAUAUAUUGGUAAACAGCAGCAAAAUUCAGCUAGGAAUGGCAUUGAUUAUAAGGAUGUAAAGGACACCCAGAUUUCGGGAGAGCAACUGGCAUCAACCAUUAGUGAAGAGUCUGUGAAAUUAGGUCAUGACGUGGAGCAGACUGCACAAAAGGUUCAAACCGAGAUAGACCUUCCUCAAUUCGAAGUUCAGCAGAAGGUUGAGAGUAAGGUUUAUCUUCCUCGUGUUGAGACUGAGCAGAAGGCUGAAACUCAUGGAGAUCUUCCUCUUGUUCAAGCUGAAGAGAGGGUAGAACCAGAAACAGAUAUUCGUCCUCAUGAAGCAGUGAGGGACAUUGAAGAAAAAUCUGAUGUGGUAAAUGAUGGAUCAGUUGCUGUUCAAGAGAAACAACGACAGGAGUUUUCUCAAAGUACAAAAGCUAAAUAUAGUCUUGGCAUGGAAAACUCAGAAUCAAAAAUUACUGGAGAAACAAGUGAAGGAGUUCAAGUUCCAGAAGUAACAACUCAGGUCACAGUGGUUACUGAUGAAGAUGCAAUAAAAGUGGUGCCACCUCAGCAGCUUGACACAGAAGACGGUUCAAAGGCUGCACUUGGCAAUAUUACAGAAGCAGCCAGUUUACUUGAGUCAUACCAUCUCAAGGAUAGGGCUGAAGAAAGCACUGCAACAGAGGGCCCUGGAGAAGAGGCUCUUGGUCCCGUAGAAGAACUGGAUGAUGGUUUUGUAAUGAAAGAUGGAAAGCUGGUUAUGAGUUUUCUCCAAGCGAUUCAUGCUGCUGAACAGAGGCAAGCAGAAUUAGAUGCCCAUGCCUUUGCUGAGGAGAAAAGAGCAUUAAAGGAGAAAUAUGAAAAGGAACUGAAGGACUUAAGGGCUAGGGAACUCAUGCAUGCAGAAGAGGCAGCAAUGCUUGAUAAGGAAAUAAAAAGAGAGCGAGCAAAAGCUGCAGCUGCCAUCAGAAACCUCCAAGAAAAGAUGGAAGAAAAACUCAGGAUGGAGCUUGAACAAAAGGAAAGUGAAGCAGAAGCAAAUAUGAAAAGGAUUCAGGAGCUAGCCAAAGCGGAAUUGACUUCAUCAAUUGCAAGUGAGAAGGCCGUACAGAUUGAAAAAAUGGCUGAAGCUAAUCUGAAUAUUAAUGCCUUGUGUAUGGCAUUCUACGCACGGUCUGAAGAGGCUCGCCAGAUUCAUUCUGUUCACAAGCUUGCAUUGGGAGCACUGGCUUUAGAAGAUGCACUCUCCAAAGGUCUUCCAAUUCAGCAAGAACUAGAUGCUUUAAACACAUAUAUGGAAGGCACUGAUAAAGACUCUCUUAUUCAUUUGGUCUUAUCAACCCUCCCUGAAGAAACUCGGUACCAUGGUACAGAUACUCUGUUGCAGUUGAACCAAAAGUUCAAUGCCUUGAAAGGGACAUUGCGGCACUACAUUCUGAUUCCACCUGGUGGUGGUGGCAUAUUGUCACAUGCUAUGGCACAGGUUGCAUCUUGGUUGAGGUUCAAGGAAGUUGACCCAUCUGGCGAUGGCAUUGAAUCUGUUAUUGCUAGAGUUGAGAGUUUCUUAGCGGAGGGGAAGCUUGCCGAAGCGGCUAAUGCUCUCCAAGAAGGACUCAGAGGCAGCGAGGCAGAGGAGAUAGCAGGUGAUUGGAUGAGGCGAGCAAGGAAUAGAGCUAUCACAGAGCAAGCUCUAAGCGUGCUUCAGUCAUAUGCUGCUUGCAUCAGCCUUACACAGUGAUACUAGCACCUUCAAUUUAGCAGUACUAGCAAAAUUGGUUUAGCAUUCGAGCUUUAAUGUAUUUGUUUCUUCUGAUAAUUACUCACACAGGAAAGAUAAGAAUGAGUCUCUUAUCCACCAGAUCAGUUUUACAAGAGUUUUGUAGGGGUCAUGACACCAAAAUUGUGUACAUUGUCCGCACCUCUAUGAAUAAAAUUUUGUUUCUUCUUGACCCACAAA